AUGGCUUUGCUCUGCAAUGACGGUGCCCUCUCCUGGUUCAAGAUGGUGGUGGACAUCAGGGAGGGCAGUGGGGAUGGUCCGGAGACUGGGAGCAAUGUCUACUUUUUCUGCUGUGAAAAGGAACAAGACAACCUGGCAAUGGCAAUGAAGGGGACGCUGCUGCUCUGUGCCUGGCUGGUGCUCCUGUGCGGUCUUUGCAGAGCAAGUUUCCGUGGGAAAGAAUUUAUUACGGUCUUCAUGCAAAACUAUGUCCAAAGUGUCGGAGCAGAUUGCAAGCUGUUCAUCACUGGUUACCAUGCCUCCACUACGGUUACUGUGACGGUGAACAAGGGUACGUUCCAGAGAGUGACGCCUGUUGGAGAAGGACAGACGGUGACCGUGCAGAUCCCAGCCUCGGUAGAGAUGUUUGGGAGCCAAACAUUUGAUAGCACCAUCCUGAUUCAGGCUGACAAAGACAUCUCUGUCCUGUCUGUUAACUCAAAGCCCAAUUCCAUCGAUACCACUGUAGUGUACCCCACUGAGAAGUUGGGUACUGUAUAUUACAUUGUAACUCCCCCUGACAAACAUACAGACCAGUACAAAGAGUUUGCUGUCGUAGCAGGGCAGGCUCCCACUACAGUUGAUAUUUACUUGAAAGGGGCUGUAAUGUUCAAACAGGAGAACUAUGCUGCUGGGAGCAAACUCACUGUUACUCUUGCUCCCUACCAAGCCUUGCAACUGCAAAGCUCUGCGGAUUUAUCUGGCACCAAAAUCGAGUCUCGGGAACAUGUGGCCGUCUUGACUGGGCACAGCUGUGCUGCCCAAAACACCGCUUGUGAUCAUGCUUUCGAGCAGCUCCUGCCUGUCUCCAGCUGGGGCAGCACAUACAUCGUCCCUCCUCUGUCCUUCCAGAACAAGUAUGACAUUGCGUACAUCGUCGCCUCCCAAAACACUCGCAUUGACUAUCAGUCAGGGCCCACACAAGCAUCCCGCAACAUAUUGGCUGGGCAGGUUGUUCAAUUUGAAGUCCAAGUCUCUCACCCACUUUACAUCUCCGCUAGUGCUGGCAUCCAGGUUCUUCUCUUCUUCACUGGUGCUAAAAAUGGGAUAUCCACAUAUGACCCGUUCCUCAUCAACAUCCCACCCAUCACGAACUACUGCCACUCCUACCACAUUGAUGGUGUGAAGGAUUUUGAGAGCCAUGUGCUGAUCGUAGUCAAGAGCUCAGAGUCCAGCAGGAUCACCUCUGAUCAGAGAGCCAUAGGAAAUGUCCAGUGGAGGCAGAUCCCCGGCACGGAGUAUUCUUGGGGAGAGUACAGCUUCGGCAUAGGGAUUAGUGCCCAUUCCAUAGAGCACCCGAGCUCUCCCUUUGGUCUGCUGAGCUUUGGAGGGAAUGAUUACGGUGGAUAUGGCUCAUCUGGCCUUUGUGCACACAUCCUGCCCUGCCCUGAGAACAGCCACUACGAGGCCUGUGGAAACGCCUGCCCAGCCAGCUGCUCUGACCGAACUGCCCCCUCCUCCUGCCGGGAGCCCUGCGUGGAGACCUGCCAGUGUGACAACGGUUAUGUCCUGAGUGCCGGCCAGUGUGUCCCCGUGGGGAGCUGUGGUUGUGACUACAAUGGCCGCUACUACAAACCCAACGAAGAGUUCUGGGACGAUGAGAACUGCCGCUCUCGGUGCAGAUGUGACCCCAGCCUGGGCAUGGUGGUUUGCCAGGAGACCACCUGUAAGGCCAAUGAGAGAUGCGUCGUGAUCAACGGAGUCCGUGACUGCCACACAAUCAGCUACUCCACGUGCACGGCCUCCGGGGACCCUCACUACACCACCUUUGAUGGGAAAAAGUACGAUUUCAUGGGCACCUGCAUCUACCAGCUGGCUGGGGUCUGCUCCGAGGACCCCACGCUCACCCCGUUCAAUAUCAAGGUGGAGAACAACAACCACGGCAGAAAAGCCAUGUCCUACACCAAAGCGGUGACCUUGGAGGUGUACGGCAGAAACAUCACUAUGAGCCAGCAAUAUCCCCGCAAGAUCAAGGUGGAUGGAGUCUUCAUGGACCUGCCGUUCUACCAUGAGGAGAAGCUACAGGCCUAUGUCAGUGGAUCCCACAUCGCCAUCAAGACCGCCUUCGCCCUGACGGUGACCUUCGACGGGAGUGGCCUGGUCCGGGUCACCGUGCCCAACACCUAUGCCAACGUCCUCUGCGGCCUCUGUGGCAACAACAACCAAACUGCCAGUGACGACCUGACCAUGAGGGACGGGAGCCGGGCGGCGAACGCCGUCCAGUUCGCAGAGAGCUGGAAGAGAGUGCCAUGA